AUGACAGUCAAUGGCAAGCCCGAGUAUGGGAGGAGAUUGAUCCCUCAGAUCCUUGAUCGCCUGGCCUUGGCAGACCCAGACCGCAUAGUCUAUUCUAUUGCAUCCUUCUAUGAUGAUAAACCAAGCUUUCGAGACAUUACUGCUCGUGAGUUUACCAAAGCUGUUGACAAGACGGCGUGGUGGCUCCAUGAACAGUUACUCUCAACGAAUGGGGCUUCUGACGGACAUGCAAAUCUACUGUCAAAAGUCCAGGCUUUAGGUUACAUUGGACCUCACGACAUUCGCCACGUCCUUUUAACAUUUGGUGCUGUAAAGGCUGGUUGUGCAGCCUUAUUCCUAUCACCCAAGAACAAUGUCACUGGCGCAUUGGCUGUCCUAAAUGCAUCAGACUGUAACAUAUGGGUCAAGCCAAAAGAGCAGCCCAUCUUCCCUCUUUUAGAAGGGAUUCUGCAAGAGAGGUACAUGAAAAUUCUUGAGCUCCCAAGCAUCGAAGAGCUUCUGGAUGCUGGGUCUACGAAACCCUUCUCAUUUGACAAGACAUUCGAAAGGUCCAAGAAUGAGCCGUUUUGCAUUCUGCACACAUCAGGCACCACAGGCGUUCCAAAGCCAAUUCUCUGGACUCAUGCCUUGAUUGGUACUAUGGAUGCCGUUCGCCUGCUUCCACCCACUGAGGGAGAUGGUGGUCUAGCCCCGUGGAUGGAUAACUGGAAUCCUGGAGAUAGGAUUUACUCUUCCUUCCCCAUGAGUCAUGGUGCUGGUGUACUUAUGGAUAUUGUCAUACCCGCGUUAUGCAAUCUGCAUUGUAUCCUUGGGCCUGCGGGUGUCCUGCCCAAUCUUGGACUGCUUGAGUCCAUGGCCGAUCAUGCCAAGAUUGACAUUUGGAGCAUGGUUCCGUCUCUUGCUGAUGAGCUGGGCGAGAACCCCGCUAUGCUUGCCAAAUUCAAGUCUUCAAAGUUCAUUUGUGCUUCAGGUGGUCCUGUUAGCCCAGCCAUUGUUGCCAAGGUCAACAAAGUAGUCAGAGUUCUCAACCUGACGGGUACUACAGAAGGCCUCUUCAUCGGUAACCUUUGGGUACCGAGAGAGGACUGGCACUGGUUCGCCUUCCAUCCAUAUUCUGGAUUUGAGUUCAAGGAAGUACAGCCUGGUAUCUUUGAACACUGGGUCCACCGGAAUGAGCACUGGGAGUUCUUCCAGGGCAUCUUCCAUACGUUUCCCAACCUUUACUCUGUCAAUCUGAAGGACCUCUACGUCCGACAUCCCACAAACCCUAAUCUUUGGGCUUUCACUGGAAGAAGUGACGAUGUCGUCGUUCUUUCCAACGGCUACAAAAUCUCACCUCUAGAUACUGAGGCCCUCGUUACGACCCAUCAAGCAAUUGAAGGGUGCCUCUUGAUUGGGUCUGGGAAGCCGCAAGCAGGUCUGCUCAUUGAGCUUAAGGACCCCUCGGAGCGGAACAACAAGCUCUUUGACAGUAUCUGGGCAAUGAUUGAGAGAGCGAAUAACUCUACCUUCCAGAAGACCCGCAUUCAAAGGGAGUACAUUGCUUUCGCGGAGGCGGACAAGCCGUUUAUUCGCACUGACAAAGCGACAAUUAAACGUCGCGCGACGUUGGACUUAUAUGCGGACUUCAUCGAACGUUUCUAUAACUCGAGAUAUGAGGAAGGUGAAGACGAAGACUUUGAUCAAUUCUCAAUUGACACUGCGUCGAAUGAGACUAUUUUAGACUCUGUGACUCAAAUCAUGCAAUCCGUCCUUCCCGACGUUGAAGACUUCUGCCCCGAAGAAGAUGUCUUCGAUCUGGGACUGGACUCUCUUCUUGUUGUUCGAGUCAUCAGGAUCAUUCGCGCUGUUACAGGUCUCGAGGAGCAGCUUGCUCCGCGACACCUGUAUGCGUACCCGACUUUGGAAGAAUUCUCGUCGCAGCUCGCAAAGAUCCUGGACGAAGAGAAGUCGAAGAAAGCUGCUGCAUUUGAAGCUUCUAGUGGCGAGGCCUCGGCUGCGAUCAGCGGCACGAGCACUCCCAAGAAUACCGAUUCGGACAACCUGAAGAAGCUCGUUGCAGAGCGCAAGCGACGCCUCGGCGCGAAGAUGAACCCAUUCGAUGCUGUCAAUCCCAAUCACUAUAUGGGUCUCAACUUCUACUUUGCCCUUCGGCCAGGUGUUAGCUUUGAAGAGGCUUUUGCCAAGCUACAAAAUGGUCUCGCAAAAGCGUUCGAGAUCAUUCCCGAGCUCGAUGGCAAGAUGAUGCUCGCUUCAGAGCACGAAUUCGGCUACAAGAAGGGCGAAUAUCGCAUCACCAUUCCUCCUCAAUCGUCACCUGUACCUAGACAACUUGUUUACAAAGACUUGUCCAAGGUUCUUCCGUCAUUCUCUAAAAUGCGCGAAGCUGGAUUCUCGCCCUGUCUAUUUAGCGACGACUUGGUGCUAGAUUGUCCGCCUUUUCCUGCCAUGCCUGCUGAUAUCUUGCUCGCUCAAGCCAAUUUUGUCGACGGCGGGUGCAUCUUGGCUACGAACUUCAUUCACACAUGCCUUGACGCUGUAGGUGUUAUGAUGGCGAUCCGCGUCUGGGCCGAAUGCUGCAGACAUCUCGAGGGAGAUGAGACAGCCAGUUGCGACUGGUUUGAUCCCGAGAGCUUCAAUCAUGACUUGCCCGAGGUCAUCUGGCAGGAAGCUGGUUAUGCUAAACCUGCUGAGGAGGUCGACCCGGGUACUUGGGGCUACUUGCCAUUUCCCGAGAAGAUCGCAGAAGUAAGGACUCAACAGAAUGGUGUUGGACGUUCGUCGCAGAAUACUCUGCCUCCAGCACCCUUGUUCAAAACACAGCCUGUUUGGCCUGCUGCCCCGAGUGACAGAUCGCUGAACACGACCGUGUUCCUUCUUUCUGGCGAGAGCAUCCACAAGCUCAAGCAAGAAGCCCUGGCGGAUCCCAAUGCAAAGAAGCUCUCAACGUCUGUAAUUGAUGUCGUACAGGCGUUCUUUUGGCGCGCUUCAAUUAAGUCGCGCUACCGAGUGGCCAAAGAACAUCGUGGCCAAGCAUUUGGGCCCGAAGAAUUGUCGAUCUUGGAGAUGCCAAUUGAUGGCCGUCCAUAUUUCUCGUCCCAUCUGCCAUCGUCCUAUAUGGGUAGCUUGCUCAUCAUGAACCGUCCAACCAUGCCAAUUGAGACGCUCUGCGCGCCCGAUACGAGUGUUGCGCAAAUUGCAGGUUUGAUCCGUGAAUCAGCGACGAGAAUUACGCCUCGUUUGGUUCAUGACACCUUUACUCUGCUUCAAUCGAUGUCAGAAUACAGCAAGCCGGCAACGGCGAACAUGGGUCUCGAGCAUAUGAAUGCCAUGAUCUCCAACAUGAUGUUAUUCCAAACUAGCGACAUUUCAUUUGGCGACUCAUUCUUUGCUGGCGGUAGCCCUGAGGCCCUGAGACCACAGAUUGAGAGAGGUCACAGAAGAUUCAGGUUCUUGGUCAUUUCUCCGUUGAGAAAAGACGGAGGGGUAGAACUGGUUAUGGGCACGCUUCCUGAAGAAUUGAAGAUGCUUAUGAGUGAUGAGGAGUUUAUCAAGUAUGCAGUGCUCCUCGAUCACAAGACUGAAUGA